AUGAUCGUCUAUGGAAAGGCUUGUCAUCUUCCCAUAGAGUUAGAGCAUAGAGCGCUUUGGGCAUUAAAAACCGUUAAUUUAGACAUGACCGAAGCCGCUAGGAAGCGUCUCUUUCAAAUUCAUGAGCUUGAGGAGCUUAGGGAUACAGCGUAUGCUCGAUCAUUGGGAAUCAAGGAGAGAACAAAGUUGUUACAUGAUAGAAGGUUGAGGAAAGUGAAGGAGUUUAGCAAAGGCGACAGAGUGCUUCUGUACAACUCAAGAUUGAAGCUCUUUGCAGGUAAGUUGAAAUCGAAGUGGUCGGGACCUUUUAUGGUUCACUAUGUGUUUCCGUAUGGAGCGGUGGAAAUCAUGGAUGAGAAGGAUGGCCGUACCUGGACGGUGAAUGACCAUCGGUUGAAACAGUACGUUGGAGGAGCAAUAAAUGAGGAUGAGCGGGAGGAAAUUCCCCUCGAAAUCCCACCUAAAGCCGCCAAUUAG